GUGAUUAGCUCUGAAUUAAUCAAAGCAGCACUUUGUCAAAAGUGGACAUUUCUUCAUUAAAACAACCUAAGACAGCAACACUAAAAGCUUUCUGUAACAGAAAGGGUGUUUUUGCUCUUCUGCCAAAAUGCUUCAGCGUGAGUUUGUGAUAGUUGAGGGGGAAAGUGUUACUUGUGCUUGUAUUUACAGCCUGCUAGCUGAACAUUAGCUUGGCCUUAGCCAGACCAACACAUUUCUUCAUCACAGUUAGCGCUGAGAGCAACACGGAAAGCUUUCUGCAACAGAAAAUGAUGUCACUCCUCUGCCCCCCCACUUUGGCAUGACAGUGUGAUAGUUAUGAGGAGGGGUUCAUUGUUGUUUACAGCUAAUGAGUUGUUCUGUCCCAGCUAAUGACUCUAGCAGGCCUGUCAUUAGCUGGAACUGAGCCACAGCAGCGCUUUUGUCUGAACCAGACAAUGUGUCGUACCCAAACAAGCGCAGAGGGCAAUACUGAAAGCUCUCUGUGACAGGAAAAAAAAAAAUGUUCUCGCUCUACUCUCAGUCUGUUUCGGCAUGGCUUUCCAAUCCUUGUGGUGAACUUGUCCCAUUUAGUCCACUGUUAGCUGUUAGCUUGGACGUUGCAGUAGGAAUGCUGCAGUUUACUCUGACCUGGACCCCUGUUCUUGUUAAGACCAGAGCACAGAGCCACACCGACAGCUUGUCUUGUGCAGAGGAGAGGUUUUUGCCCUGUUCUUGUAGUAUUGUCUUCCAUUUGCGCAGUAAUAGCAAAGAAUACAGAGAGCGUUAGCUGAGCUGAUGUGUGUCUGUGUUGUGUAUCAGAUGCGGUAAAAGAAAAGCAGGAGGGGAGGGGGAAUGACGCUGCUCGGAGUUCAUCUCCACACACACAGAAGGAGCCAGACAGAGAGAGACAGGGCAACAUGUAGCUUUUUUGCAUUUCAGUAACCACUUACUAUACCUUUGGCUAAAAAUUAUAAACUACCAACAAUCAUGACAAAUUCACUCUGCCAGAACACAUAUUUAAGUCAGGGAUUUCAACAGGCAUCCCAGAUAGUUGUGGUCAGUCAUAUACUAGGUUUUAACCUAGUCUUGUUUUAGUCUCAGGAAGUUUCUACCCUGUAUGUUUAAGCACAGCCUUAGCCUGGGGUUUUUUUUCACAUGCAGAAAAAGUUUGGUUUUGUCAGCUCUCUGUGAACUGUAAAAUAACUCAUAUUUGGAUCAGAUUAACCCAUUCUGAGGGCUUAAUUCAAAAAGAACCCUUGGAUUUUGCUGAAUUUUCCCAAACUGAUAUCAACCCUCUCCUUUCCUCAUUAAAAAAUGUUGUGCUGAGAUUCAUGGCUCUACGAGUAUUUUAGGACGUGAACCCACAGACAAAAGUAAAAAGACUACAACAAACGAUGACCACCACUUUAAUUUUUCAUGUUAAUAUUACAUGUGUAGACGGUGGUUAUUAUAUUAUCGAAACUUGGCAUUUGCUGUUUGAAAAUCCAAACUCAAGGCUGAGAUAAUCUUGCUCUUUCAGACUGAAGGGGCAAAUUAAAAAGAACCACAGCAAAAUUUUUGAGUAGAGGAGAUGAAACCAAGCUUUUGGUUAUUUUUAGGAAUUAUUUCAGGGGAUUUUUGUUCUUGAUUUUUUUGUUGUUUUUAUACAGAUUUUUUUCAGAAAUUAUUUCGAAGCUGCGGCAGUCUUCUGUGAAUUUACAGUUGUCUUUAAAAAGGAGUGAACACCCUUUAAUACAGCCUCUUGGCUGAUUAAGUUUACAGUGAUGACUGUGGUCUAUAUUGUAUUUAAAAUGCACCUUCCACUCUCCACAUCAUCACCCGUUUUAAGUAAGUCUUACUUUUUUUCUUGUACAUUUGUUUGCUGAAACUGGUUGACUUAGCAAUGAUCUGUAUUGAUGCCCCAAAGGGAUAUAGAUCCAUAAAGGUUAUUUUACUGCUUUUUUAUGUGUUAACAGGUAAACUUUAGUUGAUAUCUCUGGAUCUCAACUUAGUCAUCUUGUUAUCGCAGGAUAGCAGUGCUAUUUUUCUGAUGAUAAUGAGUCAAUCUUUCAGGAUCUUUAGAAAAUGAUAUAAACUAAGAUGUAAUUAUGGGAAAACAAGCUUUAUCAUCCUGAUUUAAAGAGAUUAGCAAGUCAAAAAUGGGUCAAAUAAGUGAUGUGGAAAUGCUUGUCCUCUUAGGGCUUUGUUUUUUUUAGUGUUAUUUUUUUUUUUUUUUUUCUGUUUCCUACUGAUGCACUGUUUUACACUGAAAUUGUUUAUACUAGCAAAUGUCAUUGCAUUUAAAUGAUACUGAUGAAUAUUUCUGGUAAUUUUAUGACAAAAACUUGCUGUUUUGGCUGUACAGCUCUGACUGCAACAUUAUGGGCUGCAACUCAUUUCAUAUGUGUAUUUAAAUAAUUCCCUCUCAUUAGUUAGGCACAAUGAGUACAGUGCGUCUAGCCUUGUCAUCUUUUGUGUGAGACUUGGCUUAAAGGGUUUGUUUAAACCAUAUUCUUAAAAAAAUACCCCAGAACAACCUGAGAGCAUUUCAAUAUACAGUCAACAUGUUUUUAAGCAUCUAAGCUGUUAUUUUCUCAGGCUUUAUACACUGAUACUUUUUGGGAAUUAUAAAAGUUUUUACUAAGGCCUUGUGUGAUGUCAGUGAGGAUUUCAGUCCACUUUGUGUCUUCACUUAGACAAACACCAAGCUUAUGCACAAACAAUCAGAAGCACUAUGUUUGCAUCUCAGUAUGAAUAUUGCAAAUCCUGAACAAAUCAAAGAAAAUAUCAGCAAAAUACUUUUUAAUGCAGCAUUAUGGUCAAAAACACCUUGCUAGAAUGGUUUAUCUCAUUUCCAGCCUUUUCCUGUGAACUUAACUUUAUCAAAUGCCUCCCCUGCUGUGUCAUGACACAUUAUGUUUCCUGUUACAUGGACCAUGUGAUUAUGUUGAGGUUUUUUCACUGCCUGUUCUUUCGCACCCUUCUGGUGUCCACUCAGAUCUAAACCGUAUUUACGUUACUCUGAACUUCCCCAUCUCCUACCACAGCUUUUUCUUUUUUAUGUCACCACAUCCUGUUCAAAGCGGCUGAAUACACCAGCUAUGUUGAUGUUGUGUUGGUCUUUUAGUUGGAUUUGGCAAUAAAAAGGUACAUUCAUUGCAGUCACUUAUAUUUAUUACCCUAUGAGCCACAAAAAAGUAGAACCUAAAUAAUGGUGUACUGUAGAAUUUACUAUUUAUACUACAUAUGUAACAGGUUUGAUCUUUGGCACUUUGAAUGCUGUUUGCAGAACACCCUAAUACAUAUCUUCAUUUAAGUAGGUGUCUCUAUAUUCAGCUGAGCUUAAAUACAAUUGCAUUAUUUUCUUCACUACAUAUACUGUACAUAUGAAACACAUUUUUCCUUCCAAAUUGUUUAUCCACUAAUCUGCAACUUAAGGGUUAUUCCACCAAAUUAACUGGAGUGGAAUCUGUGCAAACAUGAAGGGGGUCACAAAAAAGGAUAAAUUCCACAAAUGCAUGAUGGCAGGGAAAGAAGUAAAUUGUAAUUCAAAUGUAACUUCUUUGUUAAAGUUCUAAGUAAGCAAUAAUUGGGGAUAGCUUUGUUUGUACAGGUGGAGCUUUUUUAUUGGAUUUCAUAUCAUAACUUCAUGACUUCAGCAUUUAAGUCCUGACAUUCUUUUCAUAUAUUUGGGUCAGACUGACAUCUGUGGAUCACAGCUAUGAUAAUCUUGGUAAAUGUCUCCCUCUGGUGUGUAAAUGCUGCACACAUGCAGCCUAAUGCAGCCCAUCUAUGGCAGCUGUAGUUGUGUUUAUACAACUAGAUGACAACUCACCUGAGCAUUAAAAAUGGGGAUUUUGUGAUAUUGUUCACACAUUUCAUUUCAAAUGAUUAGGGACUGUUUACUAAAGCAGUGGUUCUUGACAUACAAUUCCAGGUAAAAUGAGUCAAAAACGCCUAUCCAGGAAUACCCAAAUUAAACAGAAUGCUGUGUUUGAACCAGUUGGGAGUUCAAGCACAAACAAGUUUUCUUUAGAAAGGUCACAUGCUGAAGUUUCAUCCCAAACUAUUAGACUCACUGCAGCUGCUACUUGAAUUGAGUAAUAUGACAAAAAAAAUAUAUUUUUUUUCCAUCUGAAUUUGUGUUGUGGAUCAGAGGCCUGUAGAUGGCUGUAGCUGGCAGGUAUUAGUUGGAAAAUUCAACUGAACUGAAGCAUAAAGUCUUACCUAGUACAGUUUCAAAGCUGAUAACCAUAGAAGAGAAAAUGAGGAUUCUACACCUGUUUUUGAGGGAAAAGUCCAGGUGUUUUCAAACUGGCAGACAAUUUUCUAUAUGGCUUUGCCGACAAUUGCCUUGAGAAAUGUUGUAAUUACAGUAAAUACAGUGGACUAGUUUGAAAUGAUUCAAAACCAGUCCAUAGAUCAUUAUGAAUGAAAUGUUUUUGGACUUAAAUUUGCGUUGAUUAAGAUUGUGAGGGCUCUUUCUUAUUAACAUGUUGAUGGAUUAUUAUGAUCAGGACAGCAUAGGACAGCUUCUAAUGGGAAGCUGUGUCACUUUUAGAAUUGUGCAUUAAUUGUGGCUGCAGUGGUGGUUUUGUCCUAGAAUGAUUAAUGUGGUCAGAUUCCUGAGAAUCAGAGUUUUCUGGGGGCAUGAAAUGUGGUAUACUUAUAAACAACAAUUCUGUUAAUAACUGAAUACUUAAAGAAAGAGAGAGAGAGAGAGAAAGCAAUCCACCAGCCCGCCCGUGUGCUGUCAGGUUUUUAAGGUGUUAACUAGUCCAGCCUCAGGACCCAACACUACCAUAUUAAUAAGAAGAAUUGAUUAACAUCUCUGGAAAAAAAAAAAAAGAAAUACAACCUUUAAAAUGUAUUUAAUGUCAAAUGUUGCUGUUUGGACUGAACAAAGAUACUGGACAAGGCAUGUUCAAGAAGGAUUUUUGUGUUCUUUCUAAUUCUGCGGUCGUAAAUUAAAGAAAAUUAUAAAAAUAGAUUUGCCGUCCAAAUACUUGCAUGGGUAAUUAUACAUUUGUUAUUGUUUGUCACAGAGUGCACAGUGAAUUAAACAAAAUAAAUGCUAAAAUAAAUACUAUAUGAAUUAAUCAACAGGGAGGCAUUACAGAAGCCCUAGGAGGACAUGCAUGCAUUGAGUUAAUUUUACUCUGUUUCUAGCAUGUAAUUGUUGGUUGUCUUUAAAAGAUUUUUAAAAAUUAACAUAUGGAGUAAAAAACAGCUUUGUUUUUACCAGGAUAACAAUAAGUAUGUAUAUAGGCUUAUUUGAGGGGAAAAAUGUAAUUUGUAUCACAGAACAAAGUAAAAUAAAAUGCAUGCAUGCAUGUCUUUUUCAGGGUUUCCGUACAUGAUAGAUUUUAUGACGCAUAUUUUGCAGGCACACUUUUGCAGCUCACUUAAAACAUCUCCAGUACCCACUUUUGGGCAGUAAAAUCACUGCAAUAGAGUAUGCAUUCUCUUCUAUCAGUGAAAGGAGGAAUCAUUUCAUUAUAGCACACUCUGAGUAAGGAGCUGCAUGUGGCUGAAUAAAUAAAUAAGGAGGAAAAUGUUACUUACUCUUACAAGUUGAAAUAUUUAAGCUAAGCAUUUACUGCCAAAUAAAAGCACAACAAUAUGCCAACCACUUCCAUCGUCUACAUGAUUCGCACUUGCCAUAUCCAAAAUAUGUGCUAUAACUUUACCUAUUAAAGUUAUAUCCUACUUCAGUUUGUUUGACUUUAGUAUGUCCCGUAGCCCGUGAACGCAGCACUAUAAAUUGUACUUCCUCGCCUCCGUGACGUCAUUUCGAACAUGGCGGCGCCCCAUGCAGUGGUCGGAGUGGAUGGAGGCAGCAGUGAAAUCUCACAGUCUAUGAGUGAAACCGAGCUGGUUUUGACUGAUUCAGACAGCAAGGAUGUGAAGAGGCCUCAGUUCGGGACUCGUUUUCUCACAGAUCCGCGGCAGGUUUUCCAACACAACGCAUGGGAUAAUGUGGAGUGGACUGAAGAGCAAGAAGCAUCUGCUAAGAAGAAAGUUUUAGAAAACAGUCAGCCCCUACCUCCAGAAAAACAAGAGGAAUACGACAUCCGGGCAAAUGAGUACUGGAAUGAUUUUUACACAAUCCACGAAAAUCGUUUCUUCAAAGACCGCCACUGGCUUUUUACGGAGUUCCCAGAGCUAGCCCCCAAGUGUAGCCUUAACCAUGAGUCCUGCUCAGAGGUGACCAGCACAGGAGACAAACAGCAGAAUGGUCCAGAAUUAGAACCAAUAAGGGAAGUGGCAGCUUUGUCACUAGCAGAUGGAGACUUCCCUGGCUCCUCUGCCACAUAUCGCAUUCUGGAGGUUGGGUGCGGUGUAGGCAAUACAGUUUUUCCAAUUCUGAAGACAAACAAUGACCCAGGUCUCUUUGUUUAUUGCUGUGAUUUCUCCAGCACGGCUGUGGAGUUAGUCAAGACUAAUCCAGAGUACGACCCUGGGCGCUGCUUCGCCUUUGUACAUGACUUGAGUGAUGUGGAAGCUAAUUACCCCGUACCCAAUGGAACCCUUGAUGUUAUUGUGCUAAUCUUUGUGUUGUCGGCAUUGCACCCCAGCAAGAUGCAGGCGUCAAUCAGUAGAUUAGCAAGGUUGCUGAAGCCUGGAGGGGUGAUGCUGCUCAGGGACUAUGGACGUUACGAUAUGGCACAGCUGCGCUUCAAGAAAGGAAGGUGUCUGUCAGAGAACUUUUAUGUCCGAGGUGAUGGAACAAGGGUUUUUUUCUUCACUCAAGAUGAGCUCCAUGAGAUGUUCAUCAAAGCAGGGCUCGAAAAAGUGCAGAACUUGGUAGACAGACGGCUACAAGUGAAUAGAGGCAAACAGCUCACCAUGUAUAGGGUGUGGAUCCAGUGCAAGUACCACAAGGCUCCAGUUCAGCCACCUGAGACGCAGGGCAGAGAAAAAGAAGGGACCCCACCUGGUUUGACCAUCAAUCACAACUGAAACUUCGAGCUCAAAUCAAAACGCUGCUUUCUUUUUUUCUGAGGAUAUAUGAAAUUGAGAAGCUGUAUUGUGACUGGGAUAACGGGGAUGCCGAUGGAUAGUUAUACGCCAUAAAGGCUUUUAACUAUCUCAGGUGUCAUUAUGUUCAUGGACUCAUCUUAUGGCUUGUGUUUCUGAUGGUGCUAAGAAAUGUUAUUUCUUAUGUUUCUCAAUGAAUUUAAAAUCAGAAUUAGAGGGCUGGUUACCCCUUACAAAGUUUCUAUGAUGACAGAUUUUGUUUUUAAAGAGCUGAUGUUUUGAAAUAAAUUGCAUG